GCCCUCCCCCUCGCGCUGUGUCCGGUCCCCGCUGCCCGUCCGUCCUCCCUGUCCCCACCGCCACUGCCACCACCUGCCACCCCGCGCGGCGCCCUUGCCGAGGGAGGCGGGCGCCAUGGCGGCCGAGGCCCUGGCGGCCGAGGCGGUGGCUUCGCGCCUGCAGCGGCAGGAGGAGGACAUCCGCUGGCUGUGGGCCGAGGUCCAGCGCCUGAGGGACGCGCAGUUGAACCCGCCGGACCGCGGCCCGGCCGAGGAGCCCUGCCUCACGCGGGAGGUGGUGCAUCUGCGGGCGGAGAACGACGACCUGCGGCGCCGCCUGUCCCGCCUGCGGCUGUGCCUCGCGGAGGAGAGAAGCCACCAGGCGGCGCCGGAGGAGGCCGGGCGCGCGGCUGCCGGCGCGCAGCCUCCUCCUCGCCAAGACCAAGGAAAGGACAUUCGAAAUACGACGGAGGAACAGGAGCCUGACAGCGAGGUGAAAAGCCAACCAGACUUCAUAAAGGAAAGAUUGGCGCUGUUUGAGAUAUUGAAGAAAGAGCAUCAGCUGUCACGUGCCACCGGUGGGAGCGAGGGGAGCGCAGGCGAUGCGAUCACAGUGAGAGUGGCUGAUGGGAAAACCGUGGAAGGGGAGGCGUGGAAAACCACACCGUACCAGGUGGCUGCUGACAUCAGUCGAGAGCUGGCCGAAAGCACCGUAAUAGCCAAGGUCAAUGGUGAAUUAUGGGACUUGGACCGCCCGCUGGAGGGGGACUCCACGCUGGAGCUGCUUACAUUUGACAAUGAGGAGGCACAGGCUGUGUACUGGCACUCCAGCGCCCACGUCCUGGGCGAGGCCAUGGAGCUCUACUAUGGAGGCCACCUGUGCUACGGUCCGCCCAUCGAGGACGGGUUUUACUAUGACAUGUUCAUCGAAGACAGAGCCGUGUCCAGCACAGAGCUGCCGGCGCUGGAGAGCAUCUGUCAGACGAUUAUAAAAGAAAAGCAGCCUUUUGAAAGAUUGGAAGUUAGCAAGGACGUCCUUCUGGAAAUGUUUAAGUACAAUAAGUUUAAGUGCCGCAUUUUGAACGAGAAGGUUAACACUCCAACCACCACAAUUUACAGGUGUGGCCCACUCAUCGACCUUUGUAAAGGCCCCCACGUGAGACACACCGGAAAAAUCAAAACCAUCAAAAUUUUCAAGAAUUCCUCCACCUACUGGGAGGGCAGCCCCGCCAUGGAAGCGCUGCAGCGGGUCUACGGGAUCUCCUUCCCCGAGAGCAAGAUGAUGAGCGCCUGGGAGAAGGCCCAGGAGGAGGCCAAGAGCCGAGACCACAGGCGAAUCGGGAAGGAUCAAGAGCUUUUCUUCUUCCACGACCUGAGUCCGGGCAGCUGUUUCUUCCUUCCCAGGGGCGCCUUCGUCUAUAACACACUGAUGGAUUUCAUCCGCGAGGAGUAUCACCGCCGGGACUUCACGGAAGUGCUCUCUCCCAACGUGCUCAACAGCCAGCUCUGGGAGGCCUCGGGCCACUGGCAGCACUACAGCCAGAGCAUGUUCACCUUCCACGUGGACAAGGACACGUUUGCCCUCAAACCCAUGAACUGCCCAGGGCACUGUCUCAUGUUUGCCCACCGCCCGCGGUCUUGGAGGGAAAUGCCCAUUCGAUUUGCCGACUUUGGGGUUCUUCAUAGAAACGAGCUGUCGGGAACCUUGAGUGGCCUGACCCGGGUUCGACGCUUCCAGCAGGACGACGCCCACAUCUUCUGCACCGUGGAGCAGGUGAGCGGUGCCGGGCGGCGCCCACUCCGUGGUGUCUGGUCUCACAGCAUUGCUCAGUCCUUCAGAGUCGCUGUAAACCUCAUAGUUCAGUCUCGUCUAGGAAUCCGUGGGUGUCUGCAGUUCUUGCAGUCUGUUUACUCCACGUUCGGCUUCUCCUUUCAACUAAAUCUGUCAACACGGCCGGAGAACUUCUUAGGCGAGCUCGAGUUAUGGGACGAGGCUGAAAAGCAACUGCAGAAGAGCUUGAUGGAAUUUGGAAAACCAUGGAAGCUGAACCCAGGAGAUGGAGCAUUUUAUGGCCCUAAAAUUGACAUCAGCAUCAAGGACGCCCUGGGCAGGUCCCAUCAGUGUGCGACCAUCCAGCUGGACUUCCAGCUCCCGCGGAGGUUUCAUCUCACCUAUGUCAGUAAGGACGGGGAUGACAAGAAGAGCCCUGUGAUCAUUCAUCGAGCCAUUCUGGGUUCAGUGGAGAGAAUGAUAGCCAUCCUGUCGGAAAACUACGGGGGGAAGUGGCCUUUCUGGCUGUCUCCGCGUCAGGUGAUGGUCAUCCCUGUGGGGCCGACUUGUGACAAGUAUGCACUUCAGGUGUCCAGCACAUUUUUUGAAGAAGGAUUCAUGGCCGACGUCGAUUUAGAUCAUAGUUGUACACUCAAUAAGAAAAUCCGAAACGCACAGCUGGCUCAGUAUAAUUUUAUUUUGGUGGUUGGAGAAAAGGAAAAAGCAAACAAUGCUGUCAACAUUCGAACAAGGGACAACAGAAUUCAUGGAGAGAUAUCACUCGCUUCUGCCAUCGAUAAAUUGAAGAAUCUCAAGAAAUCGCGUACACUAAAUGCUGAGGAAGAAUUCUGAAGUCCUUCUUUGCUCUCCCUUCUGUGUUUUGACCCCCCCCCCAAAAAAAAUGCAUUUUUCUUAAUUAAAGUUAGUACUUCUGAGAACUUUGGGCCCACUGAUGGUUCCUCUGCCGGGGACAGUGGAAGAGGAGGCAAUGAAUGAGCAGCCGAUAUGUAUGAAGUUUAAUUCACUAAUGUGUCUGAGAACAAGCUUGGGGAAAUUUUUAAUUUCCCAAAUGUCUUGAGAGACUUAUAUGGGAAAAUGUUAUUCAUUGAAAAAAAAAGGGAAAUACCAGGAAAUGAGGAUUAUGAAGUGUUAUUGCUAAGAUUUGUGAUUUUCAAAAUAUAGGUUUUAAAUAAAAGUCUGCAACCUCUUUAGAA